GCAGCGGGCAGUCCAGCACCCGGCGCCAUCUGUGCGGGGCCCUGCGACCGAGCUGCCGGCCAGCUGCCGCUGCUGAGCCUCCACAAGCCCACCGGGGUAUAAAUAGACCCGGAGAAGCCCCGAGAGGUCCUGCCGGCCACCGCGAUUAUGAGGGCACUCGGGCUCUUCUGUUGCUGCGUGGCCCCACUGCUGCUCCUCGGGAGGGCAGAGGAGGUGGAGGAGGCGGCAGUGGGGGAGUCUGCCAAGAGGGACCGCUCCCACAUCGAGAGCACCCUGAAGCUGAAGGAGGACAAACCGGCCGAUGACUACUCAGGUACCAUCCUGCAGCGGCUGCGGAAGAUCUACCACUCGUCCAUCAAGCCCCUGGAACAGUCGUACAAGUACAACGAGCUGCGACAGCACGAGAUCACAGCUUAUCCUGGACGCACCUUGGGCACUUCAGCCACAGAUGGAGAGAUUACUUCCAAGCCGAUGGUGCUAUUCCUGGGACCAUGGAGCGUUGGGAAGUCCACCAUGAUCAAUUACCUCCUGGGUCUAGAUGACACGCCCUACCAGCUCUACACGGGGGCCGAGCCCACCACCUCGGAGUUCACCGUGAUCAUGCAUGGCUCCAAGCUCAAGACCAUUGAAGGGAUCGUGAUGGCUGCAGACAGCGCCCGCUCUUUCUCGCCCCUGGAGAAGUUUGGGCAGAACUUUCUGGAGAAGCUGAUUGGGAUUGAGGUCCCUCAUAAGCUUUUGGAAAGGGUUACUUUUGUCGAUACCCCUGGAAUAAUUGAGAACCGGAAGCAGCAGGAACGAGGCUACCCAUUCAACGACGUCUGCCAGUGGUUCAUUGACCGAGCCGAUCUCAUCUUUGUCGUCUUCGACCCCACCAAGCUGGACGUAGGCCUGGAGCUGGAGAUGCUUUUCCGGCAGCUGAAGGGAAGAGAGUCUCAGAUCCGGAUCAUUCUCAACAAGGCCGACAGCCUGGCCACACAAGAGCUCAUGCGCGUCUACGGAGCCUUGUUCUGGAGCCUGGCUCCGCUCAUCAAUGUCACGGAGCCCCCCAGGGUCUACGUCAGCUCCUUUUGGCCCCUGGAUUACCAUCCGGACACCCACAGGGAUCUGUUCCUGAAAGAAGAGAUCUCGCUGCUGGAAGAUCUCAACCAGGUGAUUGAAAACCGGCUGGAGAACAAGAUCGCCUUCAUCCGCCAACAUGCGAUCCGAGUCCGUAUCCACGCGCUCUUAGUGGAUCGCUACUUGCAGACCUACAAAGACAAAAUGACCUUUUUCAGCGAUGGGGAGCUAGUGUUCAAGGACAUUGUUGAAGACCCGGACAAGUUCUACAUCUUUAAGACCAUCCUGGCCAAGACCAACGUCAGCAAGUUUGAUCUCCCAAACCGUGAGGCUUACAAGGACUUCUUUGGGAUCAACCCCAUCACCUCCUUCAAGCUUCUCGCUCAGCAGUGCUCCUACAUGGGGGGCUGUUUCCUGGAGAAGAUCGAGAGGGCCAUAACCCAUGAGCUGCCCGAUCUCUUGGGGAGUGUCGGCCAGGGGAAGAAGCCCAGCGUCCUCUCCUGUGACACCACGGGCUGCGGCGAAACACCCAAGAACCGAUACAAGAAACAUUAGCGGGCUGUCCAGUGCAACCACUCCUGUGUUCCUGUUGGUGAAUGAGCUUAUGUCUUAUCUGUCCAAGAAGCCGAGUUUUGCUAACCUUUCGAGUGCUGUACCGGCAAGAGCUAAAAUCCAAUGAGGGCUUGGAGUCGGGGCAUUGAUGGCAGGGAAGCUGGGCAGGCCUAGGGGAGGGAAUAAAACACUGUGAACAUCUGACUUUUCAUAUCUCAUCCGUGCUGUCAUUUUAAGUAACAGCCCAUGAACCCAUCAAUCGAAAGGAGUGACCUGUCUCUAGCGGCGGUCCCUGACCCUUGCCUAUGGCCCUGAGUGCAAAGGAAGGAAGGAAGGAGAAGGAAAAGGAAGGAAGGAAAAGGAAGGUAGGAAGGAAGGUAGGAAAAGGAAAGAAGGUAGGAAAAGGAAGGAAGGAAGGAAGGAUUCAAGUGAUGAGAAAGUGUUAAUUAAACUAGCCCUUUGACAUUAGGAGGAGCAUAAACAUGUCUUGCCUUUAACCGGGGCAGUAACUAGUUCGUGCAGCAUCCUGGAUGCUCUACGUGGGAUUGAGGACCAGAGAAUCCAUCCCAUACUGUAGAUCUCUCGCUUUUCCUUCUUGGCCUCACGGAUCACCAUCAUCUGCCCUUUUGGGGGCAGCACCUUCCUGCCACUUCGCUCCGUCCUGCCGUUCCUUUCCGCCUCUCUGCUUCCUACCCAAGACUUGGAAAAACCCGGGGAAUCUGCAGUCUGCCUUGCCUGCAAACUAAGCAGCAGGCAUCCUUUCCCCACUCAGGAGGGUCAGCCCUCAGCACCAGUUAGGGUCCAGAGGGCUCUUCCAGCAGAUGUCAUGGGAAGCCUGGCCCUGCCUGAGGUGGCUUCAGGUGCUUCAGGUUGAGGGUGCAAUGGGCACAGGAAGCUGCCAGAGCGAGUCCGGAAUGGUGAGCCGUAGCAUCCGCUUUGUAAGAGCUAGGCAGUGAAUGGGGCACGGCCCCUGGUUUUGCUGGCCGCUGAACCUCUCUGACUCUUCGUGUGCUCUUCCUUCUGCUCCUCCUUCUCUUCCUCUUCCAGUCCUUUUUUUGCUGUGUUUUACAGCCGGGUUGUCCUUGCCAGUAUUUGUAUGCUUUGGCUUCUCCUUCCAUUCCCACAGUUUUGCUUCCCAUCACCCAGUUUGUAGCUAAUUCAAGGCUGCAGGUUCUCCAGCACCCCAUCCCUUGCAUGUCCAGGAAGAGACGAGUCCUCCCCCCACCCCCGCAUGCGCACACAGUCUUUUGCCAGCCCAGCCAGUGGCAGCGCUGAACCCGAAGAGCAUGUGCAAGGGUGCUUUUCCAAAAGAGAGCAAGUGCUCCACAGGCCUUAGCUGGCUCUUUCGGCCUGGGAAGGCGCCUCCCGGUCAGUCCGAAGGGAACGUCUUGAUAGAACAGGCUUGUGAGCGUUACUAGCCCAGAUUCGUGCCAAGAAGGGCCGCCAGGCAGACAGCCGAAGGCGCCGUGGCACUUUGGCUUAUUAUCUCCCCCUCCCCAUGACAGCGCAGGCAAAACGUUUGGUCCCUUGACAGAGGAAAAAAACUGGAGAAUCGUGAAAGGCAGUUCAGGACUAACUCACAUCUUGGAAAAAAGGAACCGUCUGUGAAACCAACCCAGAGAGAGAGCAGCUGGCAACGCCGGCUUUAAAAGACUCGGUUCCGAAUAUUCCUCUGGGAGGCUGUGGCCCGUGAGGGGCUCCUUGUGGGGCCUUGCGGAGCGGCUGCCAAGAGGGAGCAGAAGGCAGGUGCUGGGUCUCCCAGAGGAGCAGGCUCUGCGCUGGGAAGGAAUUUCAGGGUGGGGGGCUUUGGGCAAGGCUCUCCCCGGAAUGGGAACCGCUAAGCAGCCAGGAAGCGUCAGGGCAAGGACACUAGAAUCCAGCAGGGAGCAGGGAUGGGUCCAUGCAGAGGGUUGUCCCAGGUCGGUCUGACGGUUGCUUUCCUCUCCUCUUCCAUCUGUUACCUUCCUUCCUCCCUUUCUUCUCUCAUCAGCUUCCUCCCGCCCCCCACAGGGUCUUCUCCAGUUAAGAGUCUGUUCUGGCUGAUGGUCCAGGAUCUUUGCCUUCCAGCAGGGAAAAUGACACAGGACAUCUGUUGUUUACCUAGCUUCCCCCCCCACACACACACACACCGAGGCCCGCCUGCCUCAUCCUCUGGGCAGGGACUCUCCAGCAGAGGGACCCCCCCUUCCUUCCACCGCUCGCUCGCUCGCUCUCCUUUCCUGUUCGAACAUCCUCCUUGCCCUCUUCCCUCUUAGAAAGACAACAUCAGCAGGUAAAUUCUGAGCAGUGGCCUGGGGCAGCUCUCUGCAAGAAACGUUCUUAGCAACUGGCACCGGUCAGGGUGGAAGCCCCAAAGCAGCAAAGCAAGGGAGGGGACGGUUAGGUUUUAGCACAAGUAUGAGAAGCUGCCAGAACAGCUGGCCCCUCCAAUUAACAGCUGGCUCCUCUCUGUCCCGGACACACAAACCCUUCUGGCCCAUCAGUCCUUGCAGGAGGGAGUUUGUACACCUCUCUGUUCGGUCAAGUCACCAAAACCGAAACCCUCCGUCCACUGUGGGGCACUUCUUUUGAACAGCCUUUUGGACAGAUACAUUUAAAUAAAUUACAUAACUGUAAUAUAUUUCCAGUUAGUGGUUCACAAUGAUACUCUGUAUUUGGAGAGACCAUGUACAUCAGCCAUUCAAAUAAAUUCUGAUAAUUUCCA